GCUUUCGCGUUUCACAAGCUGCGCCACAGCUCCGCUCGGUGAUGGCUGCGAUGGCUCCAGCGCCGGAUCUGGGGGUGCUCUUGGGGCUCCUGGGGCUCCUGGGGGCCCCGGGGGGGGCGACGAAAGUUCUCCACUCCCUGCGGUACCUGUCUGUGGCGGUGUCGGAGCCCGGCCCGGGGAUCCCCCAGUUCAUGUCCAUGGGGCUCCUGGAUGGGAUCCCCUUCCAGCGCUACGACAGCGAGCGGGGCCGGGAUGAGCCGCUGACGCCGUGGAUGGAGGAGGGACCCAAGCCGGGAUAUUGGGAUAGCGAGACUGAGACUUCUAAGAGGAGCCAGCAGAUGGAUGCUGUGAACCUGGAGACAGCGCGGGGCCGGUACAACCAGAGCGGGGGUCUCCACACACUGCAGCGGGAUUGUGGCUGUGAUCUCCUGUCCGACGGGCGUGUCCGUGGAUCCUAUCGGCUCGGCUAUGACGGGCAGGAUUUCCUCUCCUUCGAGCCGAGAUCCCAGAGCUUCGUGGCGGCCAACAGCGCUGCCCAGGUCACCACAAGGAGCUGGAAUAGUGACGGGGUCACGGUGGAGCAUUGGACGAAUUACCUGGAGCACAUCUGCACAGAAGGGCUCCAGAAAUACGUCGAAUACGGGCAGGAGGCGCUGGAGCGCAAAGAUCUCAUCCCCAUCCCGUUCCUGUGGAAUUCCAUGGAUGCAUCUCACCGUUACCCCAUUCCAGAACCCCCUGAUGUCCAUGUGUCCGGAAAAGAGGAAUUCGGGACGCUGAUCUUGUCCUGCCACGUGUACGGAUUCUACCCCAGGCCCAUCGCAGUCAGCUGGAUGAAGGGGGAUGAAAUCCGGGAUCAGGAGACGGAGUGGGGUGGGAUCGUUCCCAACAGCGAUGGCACCUUCCACACCUGGGCCAGGAUCGAGGCGCGGCCGGAGGAGUGGGAGCAGUACCGGUGCCGGGUGGAGCAUUCCGGAAUGCCGGAGCCUGGGAUCUUCACCUGGGAGCCGGAAUCUGGCAGGAAUCUCAUCCUGGUGGUUGCUGUGUUCGUCAUUGCUGCCAUUGUCAUCCUCAUUCUCCUUGUCGGAUUCAUCGUCUGGAAGCUCCAAUCCGGGAGGAGGCAGAACCAUGGAUACAGCCCGCCAGCCGGAAAAGACAUGGGAACCAACGUCUCAUCUGCAGAUAACUCCCUCCGGACCAUCUUCUGUUAAUGAGCCCAUCAACGUCUGGCCUCAAGACGCAUCAUCCCAUUUCGAGAUGCUCCACCCAGAGUGAGGAACCAAGCAUUCCAUCCUGGAUAUAAUCUGAGACUCUGAGCACCAGAGACACUGU